AGCCGCGGUCCUCCCAGCCGCCCCUCCUCGUGGCCAUGGAGUGUCCACACCUGAGCUCCAGCGUCUGCAUCGCUCCGGACGCAGCCAAGUUCCCCAACGGCUCCCCGUCGUCCUGGUGCUGCAGCGCCUUCAAAUGUUUAUCUGGUGUGACUGUAUUAUGCCCUCAGAGAGUACUGUAUGUUGCCCAGGCUGUCCUCGAACUCUAGGCUCAAGUGAUUCUUCUGCCUCAGCCUCCCAAGUAGCUGGGACUACAGAUGCAAUCACCACCACACUUGGCAGUGUGCCGGUCCAACAAAAGCCCUUGGGUCUGUUUGACUUGUUCAAGUGUCCACUGUGGAAGGAUUUGGGGAACCUGAAAAUACUUUGUACAGAUAACUUUUUUUAAAAAAAGAAGAAAAGUAGAAGCACUUAAAUUCUGCACUUGAAGAGACAGAUUCCUCUCCUAGAUUUUGAGAGGUAUGUGAAUGGCCAUGCAAAAAAACAUUAUGAAGAUGCACAAGUACCCUUAACCAACCAUAAGAAAUCAGAAAAGCAAGAUAAAGCUCAGCACACAGUAUGCAUGGAUUGCAGUAGCUACAGUACAUACUGUUAUCGCUGUGAUGAUUUUGUGGUCAAUGACACCAAGCUGGGACUGGUACAGAAAGUCAGAGAACACUUACAGAACUUGGAAAACUCAGCUUUCACAGCUGACAGGCAUAGGAAAAGAAAACUUUUGGAAAACUCAACACUAAACAGCAAGUUAUUAAAAGUAAAUGGAAGCACCACUGCCAUUUGUGCCACAGGCCUUCGGAAUUUGGGGAACACGUGUUUCAUGAACGCCAUCCUUCAGUCACUCAGUAACAUUGAGCAGUUUUGCUGUUAUUUCAAAGAACUGCCCGCUGUGGAGUUAAGGAAUGGGAAAACAGCAGGAAGGCGGACAUACCACACCAGGAGCCAAGGGGAUAACAAUGUGUCUUUGGUAGAAGAGUUUAGAAAGACACUCUGUGCUUUAUGGCAGGGCAGCCAGACUGCAUUUAGCCCAGAGUCCUUAUUUUAUGUUGUUUGGAAGAUUAUGCCAAACUUUAGGGGCUAUCAACAGCAGGACGCCCAUGAAUUCAUGCGCUACCUUUUGGACCACCUACACUUGGAACUCCAGGGCGGUUUCAACGGUGUUUCCCGCUCAGCAAUUCUGCAGGAGAAUUCUACUCUGUCUGCAAGUAACAAGUGUUGCAUAAAUGGAGCAUCUACUGUUGUCACGGCUAUAUUCGGAGGCAUUCUCCAAAAUGAGGUUAACUGCCUCAUAUGUGGGACAGAAUCUAGAAAGUUUGAUCCAUUCCUAGACCUUUCAUUAGAUAUUCCAAGUCAAUUCAGAAGUAAGCGCUCUAAGAAUCAAGAAAAUGGACCAGUUUGUUCAUUACGAGAUUGUCUUCGCAGUUUUACUGACUUAGAAGAACUUGAUGAGACAGAGUUAUAUAUGUGCCAUAAAUGCAAAAAGAAACAAAAGUCCACAAAAAAGUUUUGGAUUCAAAAACUACCCAAGGUGCUAUGCUUACAUUUGAAAAGAUUUCAUUGGACAGCAUAUUUAAGAAAUAAAGUUGAUACAUAUGUAGAAUUUCCAUUGAGAGGCCUAGACAUGAAAUGCUACUUACUAGAGCCUGAGAACAGUGGCCCGGAGAGCUGCCUGUAUGACCUCGCCGCUGUGGUGGUGCAUCAUGGUUCCGGGGUUGGUUCUGGACAUUACACAGCAUACGCAACUCACGAAGGCCGCUGGUUCCACUUCAAUGACAGUACUGUAACACUGACUGACGAGGAGACUGUGGUGAAGGCAAAGGCCUACAUUCUUUUCUACGUGGAACGCCAGGCCAAAGCUGGAUCAGAUAAACUUUAAUACCUCCUCCAAAUCAUCAUUCAUCAACCAUACCAGAGAAACAUUUCCAGUUUUCCACAAAUACUUGAUCCAAGAUUUAAUUUCAUUAUGCACUUUUCAAUUUCCUAUUUUGGGUUUAGUUUUGUCAAUGGUAGUGACUUACUGAACACGGGCACCAACUAAUUUUGUUGUUGUUCUACCAGAAAACCUCAGCAGAUGUUUUGAUUUGCUGCUUUAGUUGUAAUAAUUCAAUUUUUAUAUGUAGUUUUAAGAACUUAGUCUUAUUGACUUUUUUAUUUUAUGUUAAUGUUUUCAGUUCUCACUAUGAGGCACAUUUACAUCAAUGCUUUUGUUCCUCUCACAUGCUGAAAGCAAGAUAUGUUCCUUAUUGUGAAGAGUGACACAACUGCCUGCUGUCUUUUCACAGCUGUAAUGGAGAUCAGGUUGUCUCUAAAUCAAGGAUCAUGUGUGCACACAACUUGUGGCCCACAAAAUUUCACAGUGACUGCUGAGUAAUCAUUCUUUUUGCCUGUAAAAGAUAACAAAGGGCAUCAUUAAGUAGACCAGGUAAUUACUGCUUGUCUCUCAAAGCUGCUGUUUAUCAGCACUAACUAAAUAAAUUUGUUGGUUCAGUUGUACUUGUCCUGCAAAUACAAGAAUUACUCUCUUUGUUGGUUUUUUGGUUUUGGGGCAUACUUGUUUGCAGGGAGGUAAGAUGGGAGUAAAGACCAAAUACAUGUAAUGUUUAAAAAAAUGUUGUCACUCACUGAUAUGGUAUAGGUGUUACAGUGAGGUAAAGCCAUGGCGUCUGCCUCCUUUUGGAAUCAGUCUCUCAUUCCCCCUUAGUUGUAGCACUGGAAGUCACGGCAUGUCCAUUUUAGACUUACUGCUUGUGUUUGGCACCUGAGUCUGAGGUGUGAGCCUCUGCGAUUUACUUGGCUCAUCACCUGCACUUCAGUUUGUCACUGGGGGGUGCGCUUCCACAGGAGAAAAUUUAGAAUCUUUGCUGCUCUGGGUUUUAACACCUCUCAUUGGCCUCUCCUGAGAGGAGAAGUUGAAAGUAUUCUCAUUUUGAGUAAGUAGAGUUUUCGUUUUGUUUUUUGGAGUUUUUUUUUGGAGACAAGAAUCUCGCUCUGUUGCCCAGGCUAGAGUGCAGUGGCAUGAUCUCAGCUCACUGCACCCUCAGCCUCCCGAGUAGCUGGGAUUACAGGUGCCCACCACUACACCUGGCUAUUUUUUUUUUUUUUUUUUUGGAUUUUUAGUAAAGACGGGGGUUUACCAUGUUGGCCAGGAUGGUCUCAAACUCCUGACCUCAGGUGAUCUGCCCGCUUCACCACACCCAGCCAGUUUUGUUUUUAAAAAAUAGAUUUAACUCAAAUUCAAAUUUGGAACCAGAAUCCCAUUUAAAGAAAGCAGUUGUAGUUUCUACAAGUGUUCUAAGACAGUCCUUUGAUUUUUUUUUUGGUUGGGAGGGGGGGCAUUGGUAGACGUAGCCUACCAAUUCUCCACAAGGAACAAAAUGUAUCUCGUAUUAAGCCAACAAAACUUUCAGACUUUUUUUUUUUUUUUUUUUUAGAUGGAGUCUUACUCUGUCCCCUCAGGUUGGAGCGCAGUGGCAUGAUCACAGCUCACUGUAGCCUCAACCUCCCAGACUCAAGCUAUCCUCCCACUUUAGCCUCGAAGUAGCUGGCACCACCACACCCAGCUAAUUUUUAAUAUUUUUACUGGAGAUGAGGUUUCACCAUGUUGCCCAGGCUGGUCUUGCACUCCUGGGCUCAAGUGAUCCACCCGCCUUGGCUUCCCAAGGUGCUGGGAUUACAGGCAUGAGCCACCACACCCAGCCUGUUCUAUUAAAAACAUCUUGAUCAUUUUUUAUUUGUAAGUUUAUGAAUGUAAGAACAGUCUGAUGGCUUUCCCUCAGGUUGGAUAUCUGAAGUUGUGGGAGCAGAUGUAGCUCCAUUUCCAUUUUAAUAUUAACUGGAUAAAUCCCACAUCUUCCCAGAACACAUCUGCUAAACACUUUAAGAUGACAAGGAGCAAAUUGCAAUUACGUGUAAACUUAUAUCAUCCAGUACAGUGGCCCCUAGCCACAUGUGAUUGAAACUGAAAUUAGAAACUCAGUGCCUUCAGUCACACUAGCCACAUUUCAAGUGCUCAGCACCCGCAGACAGCGUAGGACAGUGCUGCUCUAAAUUUUCACUCCAAAGAAUAAAGCUUUGCCAUCAUGUUUAGGUCUUACAACUUGGAGUCCUAAAAGAUAAUAGGGAAAUGUGUGCUUAAGUUAAUUUACAGUGCUAAAUUACAUUAGGUUAAACUGUAUGAAAUUCUGCUAUUUGACGAGUUCUGAUCUACCAGAAUGACAGCUCCAACCUGAUCUGAUGUAUCACACAUUAACACCACAUCUAAUUGAACCUAAAAUGUGAGUGUCUCCUGUGAUCAUGCGAAGUAUCUCCUAUGAAUCCGGGCUCUUUUGCUUAGAAGGUAGACAGCUGUAACCUCUAGCAUUGAUCCUUCAAUCUUCAGUCUCUCUGAACGGGCAGCUGUUGAACAGUAAGGGCCUGGGCAGAGUUGAUGGUGAAAAAAAGCUGUAUUUUUAUACCAAAUGGAACUUUAGCAACAUUGGACUACUUUGUCAGGCAGAGUGGUCUUCAGACAGGUGAUGCUGUUGGCUUAAGAGAUGAACACAUCUUCUCUCUGAAUUUGUUUUUAUUGGUUGGUUUUACUUGAACAGAAACGUUUGAAUGGUAUGAAGAUUCUUUAGAAAAGUGACUGGAUCCAUUUGAAUUGUGCACUUGAACACCAGUGAUGUAAAUGUGCCUACUGUAUUUUAAUUUUAACUGUGUAGCCUUACCACACCUAUUUUGAAAGCUGAUCUUUUGUGCUCUUCAGGGCUUUUCCCGUGUGCCAUGUUGUCUCCAGCAAUAUAUGUGGCUUCUCGCUCAGAGCUUAUGCUGAGGCAGGGCCUCGCACUGAGUCACAUGGCUCCUUGGAACAAGAAAACUUUCUCAGAAGUCCUCCCACACAGGUGGGUGAUAGAAACAGUUUGUGGCAACACAAAUCUCUCUCCAUGGUGGAGAAACCUUUGCUUAUCCACUGUAUUCUACUCAGUGUAUAGUGAUGACAAAUAUGCUAGAAUUAAACCAGUCAAGUAUACUGGCCAGAGUGAGUGUUAAAUGUGUAUCUCACCUGUGGAACCUACUCAGCAGCUUGGUUUCUGGGGUUGGGGACAUAUUUAUUUCUUAAAGCCAAACCUCUCCAUUGGUUUAGUGUACAUAAGUCUAUUUAGAUACACUUAUCCCACUUUACUCUCCACCAGCCCCUAAACUCUCUCCUGUACCCUCUGUUGCUGAAGUGGCCUCUUCACUUGGGCCCUGGAAAAGCCCAUGGAAAAAGUCUGUUCCUGUAGCCAAGGCCUGGGUCCCAGGUGACUAGGAGUAGCCAUAGGCAGGCGAGGAGGAAGUGGGCAUGUGGUGUCGUCUGUAGUCCAAGGUCUCUGCGUCUUGUCAGUGGGUGCAGUGCCUUCCCCUCAGGUGUGAGCGUGAUGGACUCUAGACUGCCUUCCAUGAGCGCUGGUCAUGCUGUGAUGUCAUCAUUUUCCAUUAAAACCCAGUGUGUAUGAUGCCAAGAAGAUUAAUUGUGCAAGUGGCUGAUUCAUUUAAAUUGUAAUCACAUCCCUUUUCUGCUUCACCAACCUGAACUGUUUUAAAAAGUAUCAUUAAAAGUCUGUUCUCUUUC